GGGGUCGGGCCUCUGCUGGAGUCGCCUGGUCUGCUGCGUGACGUGGCACACCCAGAUCCUUAAAGUCGGAGCCGGGAGCUACCGCGCCAGUUGCUAAACAGGUCUCCGCCCCGCUAGUUUUAGUGUGCGUUUCCUUGGACAGCGUCGGCCAGCGAGCCGUCUUGACUAGCCUGUUUCCCGUCAGCUCUCUUCCCCUCCGCUGUUUGUCGCUGUGUCGGGAGCGUAAAAGGCGAAGGCCCGGGGACAGGCCAGAACCCUGGUCUUAUUUUUGUGGUAGAUAGCAAUGACCGUGAAAGAAUUCAGGAAGGAGCAACCGUACUGCAAAAUAUGCUUCAGGAAGAUGAGCUGCAGGAUGCAGUGCUGCUGCUUUUUGCAAACAAACAGGAUUUGCCAAAUGCUAUGGCCAUCAGUGAAAUGACAGAUAAAUUGGGUCUUCAGUCUCUUCGUAACAGAACAUGGUAUGUUCAAGCCACUUGUGCCACACAAGGAACGGGUCUGUAUGAAGGACUGGACUGGCUGUCAAACGAGCUUUCAAAACGUUAAGUGAAACUGGAUAUCUGACCACGGACACAUUUGAUAGAAUUGGUCUAGGCUUGUUACAACACAAUUAGUUUGCAUUUUGGUUAUUAAACAAUAUCUGGGACUGGUUUGGGCAGAACAUUACAGCCUUUACAUCAUUUUGUGGCCAAUUAUUGUUUACCAAGUACAGUGUUGCCCUUUAGCAAUAUGCUUGGUUUUAAAGACAUUUUCCUUGGGGAAAAGUAUCGUCUCUCAGUUUUACUUUUUUUAAGCCUAAAUGCCUGGACAUAGCUAUUGUGUCACCUUUAAAUCGUUUUGAAUGUUUUUUGAGCCCACCACAAAUAAUGAUUUAGAGUUAUCCCCUUGCUACUUUACGGAUUCCUUUAUCAUUCCUUGGACAGUCUGCUGAUUGAAAAAUGUAGCAUUCCAUUUGUAUUUAUUUCUAUCCCUUGCCAAAACAAUUUUCUAAACCUUGGUGUGGUUUGGAUUUGAUAGCUGAUUCUGUGCUGGUUGCAGAGAGUUCAUAUUGAGGUGGCUUUUUACCACUCGGCAGAUUGUCUUCCUUUGUAUUCUUAUCUUUCUUAUGUUGCAUGUUGCUUUUGGUAUCAGCCUGACUCUUUGCCCAGUAUAUAAUGGUUCUGCUGAUGUUUUAUUGUUUAUUGAUGAACAUAUCUUCAUUGAGAUUUUGGAAAACUCGUCAAAUUCAAUAAUUUUUCUUCAUAACCCAUUUGGAAUUAUUCCUAAUAAAAUGAUAAAAUAUGUCAUUAUUA